AUGGAGCAUAUCCGAAGCUACUCCUUCGGGGUUACCCAAGGAAGCCUGGCAUGGAUGGACCAAGACAGCACAGGAACAUGGUACGGAACCUUUGCCAACUAUGACCAGGUGCAAGAAGGGCAGACGCAACCGUAUGGGCUCAGUAUGAACACACAGCUCGUGCAAUUCUCCCCUGGAUUAGAAUCUUCGUUCGAGUAUAUCUCACAAUCAUGGAUAUUCCAACAGGAGUUUGUCUCUGAGAAUUUCGCGCCAAUGUCGAACUCGGGUGGCAGCUUUGGUCCUGACGGCUUGCUAUAA